CGCCGUCCGCGGCGACCUCAUCGACAAAUCUUGCGGCUGUGGGGAUGCCAUAAAUACACGACCCGCGUCCCUCACUACUCCCUUCAGCACAGCACAGCUGCGUCCACCAAUCGACAGCGACCUCCUCCUCCUCCUCCUCCUCCCUCCACGUGCUUCCCUCCUCUGCCUCCGUCCUUAGCAGCGAAGCUUUCUCUCCCCCUUCCUCCUCCUCCUCCGCGUGCUGAGCUGCGUCUGCGGCGGCGAUAUAAAGGAAAGGCCUAUCCUUUUUUGCCUGGGGGGCACCAACACCACAGGUCUCGUCUCCGAUCUCUCCGCGGGUUGGAGAUCGGGCGGAGGCCUCUUCGGAUUCAAAACCCGAUCUUUCCCAAUCUCGCCGCGGCGCCGCGUCCGUCUCUUGGUUCGAGCCGCGAGCUGAGAGUUGGGGCGACGAGGACAGUCCGCGGAGAUGUGGGGGGAGUCCAAGCCGAUGCUCAAGUCCCGCGGCGGGGGCGCCGCCGGGGUCGGGGACGACGAGUCCGACUACUUCCCUCCCACGCCGCGCAAGGACUGGUCCACGGGCCUCCUCAAGCUCGUCACCGCCACGGUCAUCUUCAUGGCCGGCGUCGUCAUCGGCCUCUCCGUCAGCGGCAGCGUCGCGCGCUACUACUACAACUCCCACGCCGAGCUCUUCUUCCCGGCCACCACCUACGGCUGCGACCGCGACCGCGACUGCGGCCUGGGCCUCGCCUUCAAGGCUUUCGUCCACCCGCAGCACCUCGCGCACUCCAUGUCCGACGAGGAGCUCUUCUGGCGGGCCUCCCUCGUGCCUAAAACCGACGAGUUCCCCUUCCAGCGCGUGCCCAAGGUCGCCUUCCUCUUCAUGACCCGCGGCCCGCUCCCGUUCGCGCCGCUCUGGGACAAGUUCUUCCGCGGACACCAGGGGCUCUACUCCGUCUACGUCCACACGCUGCCGGACUACAAGCUCAACGUCUCCAAGAACUCCGCAUUCUACGGCCGACAGAUCCCCAGCGAGGAAGUGUCUUGGGGAUCGAUAACCCUUGUGGAUGCUGAGAAGCGGCUGCUGGCCAAUGCCUUGUUGGAUUUCUCAAAUGAGCGAUUUGUGCUGCUCUCAGAGAGCUGCAUUCCUUUGUUCAACUUCCCAACUAUCUAUGAGUACCUCAUAAACUCCGCACACAGUUUUGUUGAGUCCUAUAACAUUGACACCCCUCAAAGUGCUGGCCGGUACAACCGUCGCAUGGCUCCUCACAUCCUCCCGGAUAAAUGGAGAAAAGGAUCGGAGUGGUUUGAGCUUAACCGUGAAUUGGCUGUGCAGAUAGUAGCAGACCACAAAUACUACUCAAUCUUCAGAAAGCAUUGUAGGCCAUCUUGUUAUCCGGAUGAGCAUUACAUACCAACUUAUCUUCAUUUGUUCCAUGGGUCCCUCAACGCCAACAGGACUAUCACAUGGGUUGAUUGGUCAAGAGGAGGCCCGCAUCCAGCUAGAUAUGGUGCUUCAAGCAUCUCAGAAGGGUUCAUCCAGGCCAUCAGGAAUAAUGGUACGCUAUGCACUUACAACUCAAAAUCCACUUCUGUCUGCUACCUCUUCGCUAGGAAGUUCGCUCCAAGUGCCUUGGGACCGUUGAUGAACCUCACUUCAACUGUGUUGGACUUCUGAGCUGUUCACCAUGCUUCAUUGGCAUACCGGCCAAGAAAUUUAGGUACAAUAUUAGAUUGGAGUCGGCAACAUGUGUCUCACUAUAGAUGGAUCAGAGGUGUCUUUUGAUCGAUACGUCUCUCGCAGAUGAUGCUGUGUGGGACAGCGAAAAUUGCUUCACUUAUCCUGAAGCUGAUCCCCGAGUAAAUCGACAGAUGGCACUACGAAAGGAGAGGACAUUUCUUUCACGUCCCAUUCUUUUUAAUAUAUCAUAGUUAUGUGGUAGAUCUCCCCCCCCCCCCCCUCUACUGUAAUGACUUGGUCAGAUACUAAUUUAUGUGAAUAUAACCUAUGAAUCAAUCAUUGCUUUA